CCGGGCCGGGGGCGCGCAGCCGUCACGCGGUGCCGCCGUCACAGCCCCAGCGCAGCCGGCAGUCGCCGCAGCUCCGCGCACGGGGACCCGCGCCCUGGCCGGUGCCCAUGUCGGGCCGCCGCCCCUGACGCCAGGAGGUGUCUGCGAGCUCGCUGGGGCCUCCGCCACUGCUGGGCGUGACCAACAGAGGCCGGAGAGAUGGCCGGGGCCUCCGUGAAGGUGGCGGUGCGCGUCCGCCCCUUCAAUUCCCGGGAAAUGAGCCGCGACUCCAAGUGCAUCAUCCAGAUGUCGGGCAGCACCACCACCAUCGUCAACCCCAAACAGCCCAAAGAGACGCCCAAGAGCUUCAGCUUUGACUACUCCUACUGGUCACACACCUCGCCCGAAGACAUCAACUACGCCUCGCAGAAGCAGGUGUACCGGGACAUAGGCGAGGAGAUGCUGCAACAUGCCUUUGAGGGCUACAACGUCUGCAUCUUUGCCUAUGGGCAGACCGGGGCCGGCAAGUCCUACACCAUGAUGGGCAAGCAGGAGAAGGACCAGCAGGGCAUCAUCCCGCAGCUCUGCGAGGACCUGUUCUCCCGCAUCAACGACACUACUAAUGACAACAUGUCCUACUCCGUGGAGGUCAGCUACAUGGAGAUUUACUGUGAGCGCGUCCGUGACCUCCUGAACCCCAAGAACAAGGGCAAUCUGCGAGUGAGGGAGCACCCGCUGCUGGGGCCAUACGUGGAGGACCUCUCCAAGCUGGCGGUCACCUCCUACAAUGACAUCCAGGACCUCAUGGACUCAGGGAACAAGGCCAGGACCGUGGCAGCCACAAACAUGAAUGAGACCAGCAGCCGCUCCCAUGCCGUCUUCAACAUCAUCUUCACACAGAAACGCCAUGACGCAGAGACUGACAUCACCACAGAGAAAGUGAGCAAAAUCAGUCUGGUGGACCUAGCUGGGAGCGAGAGGGCCGACUCCACAGGGGCCAAAGGCACGCGCCUCAAGGAGGGGGCCAACAUCAACAAGUCCCUGACCACGCUGGGGAAGGUCAUCUCCGCUCUGGCCGAAAUGGACUCCGGGCCCAACAAGAACAAGAAAAAGAAGAAAACAGAUUUCAUUCCAUACAGAGAUUCGGUGCUGACCUGGCUCCUCCGGGAAAACCUGGGUGGGAACUCUAGGACAGCAAUGGUGGCGGCUCUGAGCCCCGCAGACAUCAACUAUGACGAGACCCUGAGCACGCUGAGGUACGCUGACCGGGCCAAGCAGAUCCGAUGCAAUGCUGUCAUCAAUGAGGACCCCAACAACAAGCUGAUCCGAGAGCUGAAGGAUGAGGUGACCCGGCUGCGGGACCUGCUGUAUGCCCAGGGUCUUGGGGACAUCACUGACACCAACACUGUGCCCGGAGGACCCAAAUAUGUGUCCGACCUUGAGAACAAUAACCGUAACCGUGGCGGGGCGGAGUUGAGUCAAGCCCCUGACAAUCUCUCCACAGUGACCAACGCCCUGGUGGGCGUGAGCCCCUCAUCCUCGCUCUCGGCCCUGUCCAGCCGCGCUGCGUCCGUGUCCAGUCUGCACGAGCGCAUCUUGUUUGCCCCAGGCAGUGAGGAGGCCAUCGAAAGGCUGAAGGAGACAGAGAAGAUCAUAGCUGAGCUUAACGAGACUUGGGAAGAGAAGCUACGGCGGACCGAAGCCAUCCGGAUGGAGAGGGAAGCGCUGCUGGCUGAGAUGGGCGUGGCCAUGCGGGAGGAUGGCGGCACCCUGGGCGUUUUCUCUCCCAAAAAGACACCACACCUCGUCAACCUGAAUGAGGACCCACUGAUGUCUGAGUGCCUCCUCUACUACAUCAAGGAUGGGGUCACCAGAGUGGGCCGGGAGGACGCGGAGCGGCGGCAGGACAUCGUCCUGAGUGGGCACUUCAUCAAGGAGGAGCACUGUGUCUUCCGGAGCGACUCCCGAGGGGGCAGUGAAGCCGUGGUGACCCUGGAGCCCUGUGAUGGAGCAGACACCUACGUUAAUGGCAAGAAGGUCACAGAGCCCAGCAUCCUGCGGUCAGGAAACCGAAUCAUCAUGGGAAAGAGCCACGUGUUCCGGUUCAACCACCCCGAACAGGCGAGGCAGGAGCGUGAGCGCACGCCAUGCGCCGAGACUCCUGCCGAGCCCGUGGACUGGGCCUUCGCCCAGCGCGAGCUGCUGGAGAAACAGGGCAUCGACAUGAAGCAGGAGAUGGAGCAGAGGCUCCAGGAGCUGGAGGACCAGUACCGCCGGGAGCGAGAGGAGGCCACCUACCUGCUGGAGCAGCAGAGGCUGGACUAUGAGAGUAAGCUGGAGGCCCUGCAGAGGCAGAUGGACUCCCGGUACUACCCCGAGGCCAACGAUGAGGAGGAGGAGCCGGGGGACGAAGUCCAGUGGACAGAGAGGGAGUGCGAGCUGGCGCUGUGGGCCUUCCGGAAGUGGAAGUGGUACCAGUUCACGUCCCUGCGGGACCUGCUGUGGGGCAAUGCCAUCUUCCUCAAGGAGGCCAAUGCCAUCAGCGUGGAGCUCAAGAAGAAGGUCCAGUUCCAGUUCGUCCUGCUCACAGACACUCUCUACUCCCCGCUGCCGCCGGAUCUGCUGCCCCCAGAUGCUGCCAAGGACCGGGAGACCCGCCCCUUCCCCCGCACCAUCGUGGCCGUGGAGGUCCAGGACCAGAAGAAUGGGGCCACCCAUUACUGGACGCUGGAGAAGCUCAGGCAGCGCCUGGACCUGAUGAGGGAGAUGUAUGACCGGGCGGCCGAGGUACCCUCUAGUGUCAUUGAAGACUGUGACAAUGUGGUAACUGGUGGAGACCCCUUCUACGACCGCUUUCCCUGGUUCCGGCUGGUGGGCAGUUCAGUCAUCUCUGGCUGCGACAGCUACCCUCUUCUCAACACAUGCAUGAGCGAGCGCAUGGCUGCUCUCACCCCCUCCCCCACCUUCUCGAGCCCUGACUCCGACGCCACCGAGCCUGCCGAGGAGCAGAGCGUGGGGGAGGAGGAGGAGGAGGAGGAGGAGGAGGAGGACCUGGAGGACGACGUCUUUCCGGAGCACGGGCUGUGCGACGGCCGGGACCCGUUUUACGACCGGCCCCCCCUGUUCAGUUUAGUAGGAAGGGCCUUCGUGUACCUGAGCAACCUGCUGUACCCGGUGCCCCUGGUGCACCGUGUGGCCAUUGUCAGCGAGAAGGGCGAGGUGAAGGGCUUCCUCCGUGUGGCCGUCCAGGCCAUCUCAGCCGAUGAAGAGGCCCCCGAUUAUGGCUCUGGUGUCCGUCAGUCGGGAACUGCCAAAAUCUCCUUCGAUGACCAGCAUUUUGAAAAGUUCCAGUCCGAGUCCUGCCCCGUGGUGGGGAUGUCCCGCUCAGGGACUUCCCAGGAGGAGCUGCGCAUCGUGGAAGGCCAGGGCCAGGGCACAGACACAGGGCCCUCCGCCGACGAGGUCAACAACAACACCUGCUCCGCAGCUGUGCCUCCGGAAGAUCUCCUCCCAGACAGCCCUGAGAAAGGUGCCCCAGAUGGGCCCCUGGGUGCCACCCUGGACCACCUGCACCUGGGCAGCACCUUCACCUUCCGCGUGACCGUCCUGCAGGCGUCCAGCAUCUCUGCAGAAUAUGCCGACAUCUUCUGCCAGUUCAACUUCAUCCAUCGCCACGACGAGGCCUUCUCUACAGAGCCCUUGAAGAACACAGGGCGGGGUCCCCCACUUGGCUUCUACCACGUCCAAAACAUCGCCGUGGAGGUGACCAAGUCCUUCAUAGAAUACAUCAAGAGCCAGCCCAUCGUGUUCGAGGUCUUCGGCCACUACCAGCAGCACCCGUUCCCACCCCUCUGCAAGGACGUCCUCAGCCCCCUGAGGCCCUCACGCCGCCACUUCCCACGGGUCAUGCCGCUGUCCAAGCCAGUGCCCGCCACCAAGCUCAGCACACUGACGCGGCCCUGCCCGGGGCCCUGCCACUGCAAGUACGACCUGCUGGUUUACUUCGAGAUCUGCGAGCUGGAGGCCAACGGCGAUUACAUCCCUGCCGUUGUGGACCACCGAGGUGGGAUGCCGUGCAUGGGUACCUUCCUGCUCCACCAGGGCAUCCAGAGGCGGAUAACCGUGACUCUGCUGCAUGAGACAGGUGGCCACAUCCGCUGGAAGGAAGUGCGUGAGCUGGUGGUGGGUCGCAUCCGAAACACUCCAGAAACCGACGAGUCCCUCAUUGACCCAAAUAUACUGUCUCUCAACAUCCUCUCAUCUGGAUACAUCCACCCAGCGCAGGAUGACCGGCAGUUUCUUGAUUCGGACAUGCCUAGCAUUUCAUUCGGACAUGACACUAGGACCUUCUACCAGUUCGAGGCCGCGUGGGACAGCUCCAUGCACAACACUCUGCUGCUGAACCGGGUCACCCCCUACCGGGAGAAGAUCUACAUGACCCUCUCUGCUUACAUCGAGAUGGAGAAUUGCACCCAGCCAGCCGUUGUCACCAAGGAUGUCUGCAUGGUCUUCUACUCGCGUGACGCCAAGCUGCCAGCCUCCCGCUCCAUCCGCAACCUAUUUGGCAGUGGGAGCCUGCGGGCCUCGGAGAGCAACCGUGUGACGGGCGUAUACGAGCUCAGCCUGUGCCACGUAGCUGACGCAGGCAGCCCAGGCAUGCAGCGGCGGCGAAGGCGAGUCCUGGAUACGUCUGUGGCCUACGUCCGUGGUGAGGAGAACCUGGCAGGCUGGAGGCCCCGCAGUGACAGCCUCAUCCUGGACCACCAGUGGGAGCUGGAGAAGCUGAGCCUCCUGCAGGAGGUGGAGAAGACCAGGCACUACCUGCUGCUCCGGGAGAAGCUGGAGACCACCCAGCGGCCCGGGCCCGAGGUGCUGUCCCCCGCCUCCAGCGAGGACUCUGAGUCCCGCGGCUCGUCCAGUGCCUCCUCCCCACUCUCAGCCGAGGGCCGGCCAUCUCCCCUGGAGGCCCCCAACGAGAGGCAGCGGGAACUGGCUGUGAAGUGCUUACGGCUCCUCACACACACGUUCAACAGAGAGUACACGCACAGCCACGUCUGCAUCAGCGCCAGCGAGAGCAAGGUCCACUCUCUGCUGCAGCUCUCUGAGAUGUCCGUCACCCUGCUGCGGGACCCGUCCAUGUCCCCCCUGGGGGCGGCCACACUCACCCCCUCCUCCACCUGCCCCUCUCUGGUGGAAGGGCGGUACGGAGCGACCGACCUGAGGACCCCUCAGCCCUGCUCCCAGCCAGCCAGCCCAGAGCCAGAGCCCAUGCCAGAGGUAGAUUUGAAGCCCCCAUCCCCCGUUCGGGCAACAGCGGCAGACAAGGAGCCCCAGCGCCUACUUGUUCCUGACAUCCAGGAGGUCCGGGUCAGCCCCAUCGUCUCCAAGAAGGGCUACCUGCAUUUCUUGGAGCCGCACACAGCCGGCUGGGCCAAGCGCUUCGUGGUGGUGCGGCGGCCCUACGCCUACAUGUACAACAGUGACAAGGAUACUGUGGAGCGGUUUGUGCUCAACCUGUCCACCGCCCAGGUGGAGUACAGUGAGGACCAGCAGGCCAUGCUCAAGACGCCCAACACGUUUGCUGUGUGCACGGAGCACCGUGGCAUCCUCCUGCAGGCCAACAGUGACAAGGACAUGCACGACUGGCUAUACGCUUUCAACCCCCUCCUGGCCGGGACCAUACGGUCCAAGCUCUCCAGAAGGAGGUCUGCCCAGAUGAGGGUCUGAGCCGGAGCCCUCUGUGCGCCGCCAGCAGUCCCGGCCCCGCUCCCCAUCCCCGCUGCCAUCAUGGUGUCAUCCACCACCAGCCCUGCCCCCACCAGACAGCCAACGAGUCACACCUCUGGCCGGGGUGCCUGCGCCACACGACCUGUUGGGCCCCCAGCAGAGGCCACGUUCUUGUCGUUUCCUCUUGGAGAACGCAGCCCUGGUGGGAAGAGUCCUGAGGCGCCGGGAAGGCCAGAGGGCACAGGUCCCGGGGACAUGGCUGGCGUUCUGAUAUUUUUUAAAGCAUAGACAGACUUACAAUUAACACGCAUUAGUUAGUGAUGUUGAAACAGCCCACUUGGAAAUUAACUGUAAGACUGUGCUCUAUUUAUAAGUAUUUAUUCCGGAUGCCUCGCAUAGACCUGUAGGAUUCCGAUCAACCCUGCUUCUGCUCCUCACACACAUCGCCGAGCCCCUUAGGGACAGACAGGGUGGGCGGCCGCCGUGGAAGGCCACGGUGAGGGGGUCUGGACAGGCCGGGCCCCUCCUGGCGGGCACUGCUCCAGCUGCGCUGACGCUUCUCCCAGCUGCACGUGGGGCAGGCCCUCAGCCCUGGGGCAGGGUGUGCAUGUGGGGGUCUGAAGACCGAGCUGCUCAGAAGGGGAGGUGCUUCCAGUGGGAGGCAGAGGAGGGCAGCCACCUGAGAUGCGACUUCCUGGCAGUGCCACAGGUUCUCCCUGGGAGCCGGGGGCGGGGUGAUGAGCAGACGGGUACUGGGGCUGCUGGGGCCUGUCCUGGAUGGGAUGGAGGGAGAGGGUCAGGAUCCCGCCAUGUGUCAUGUAUCCAGGCCGGCAGGCGGGGCUGGGUGCACCGGCCGCCCAGGCAGCCAGGGGCCUGUGGUGAGUCUCCCCAGCUGCCGUGAGAGACAGAAUGAGCUCCAAGUCCCUCCUGAGGAGUAAGUCUGUGACUUCCCCUCUCUCCCCUAGAGAAGAGCGUUUCUGUGCGUCCCAGUGAAGAUUCUAUGGGGUCAGGUGUGGGCAGCCAGUGUUGGGUCAUCCGUCAUCCAGCGGGUACCCCACUUACGCAGUGGAGGGAGCUGCACGUCUUUGUGUGUCCCUUCUGCAGACCCUCUGCCUGAGGGCUGCCCAGGACAGAAUAGGAGUCAGCCCCAGGCUGAGAGUCAGGCCAGAGGUCGCGCCCAGGCUGUAGACCCAUCACAGAAACCAUGCGGCUGGGGCCGGAGGAUCCUCAGCAACCUGUUUCCACACCCAAAGGCACACCUGGCCUCUAUUUAGCUCAAGGGAAAACAGCAGCAAAUCACAACCCCCCGUCCCUCCCAGGGCCCGCCAAGGGCAGGCUGCACCUGGGCCUGCGACUUCCGGAUCCAGGCUCACAUCCGGCCUCUCUUGGUUCAUGCGGCCCUUUGGUGCCUUAUGUCACCAUUGCCAGACCCUGCUGGGCACUGCUCAGACACUUCACUUGUCCCCUGGGUCUGUGGGGUUGGUCCUGUUGCACCCCAGUCAGUGGUUCCGAGACCCCCCUGCAGCCGGGCUGUCCCCUGAUGGCACUAACGUGGACAUAGUCCUGACCCUUGCACCGGGACCAGAGGUGUGCGUGGCAUCUGCCUGGGGACGGGAGGCCUCAGCCCCCAUACCAAGUGAGGAGAUGGUGGUUUGAUGUUUUCCUUCGGGAAAGCUGUUGGGGCCCCUCAAGCUUCACCUUGGACGUGAGACGCAGGGUGGUGGGCUUGCCCAGCAGCCGCAUGAGCCCAGUGGGGAGCUGAGGCAGCCAGGGCACCUUUCCUGUGCGUGGUCCUGGCAGCGCUCCUUGCCCCCUGCUGCCCUCAUCCUGUGCCUGGAGGCGCCCCCCUGCAUAGCUCCAUCAGUAGGAACCAGGUCCUAGGAAACCACACCUCGAGUGCGGCACUGAGCAGCUUCCUUUGGAGAUUUCCCAGGUGAGGGGUCACCUCCUGGACAGAGGGUCAGACACCGUCCAGAAGCCAGGUGGCCUGUGCUCCCCGCAGACGUCCCUGGAGGGACAGCCCGGUCUGCGGGGAGCUUUUAUACCGGCCCUGAGGGCAGGGAGGAGAGACCGGUGGGGGAAUUCUAAGGUGGGCCGGGUUCUGAGAGCCCCACCUUCCUGCAGGGAGAUUGCGGGUACAGGUCCAGGCCACGGCCCGCACAGGUCAGCCAGCCUGAAGCCGUGGCCUUGGAAGGACUAGAGGCUCCGGGUGCAGGAGUCUGAGGCCUGCCAGCCUGCAGAGCACCUGCUGUGGAUGCAGGGCCGAGGGAAGGAAUCUCCCUAAGUUCAGGAGCCCCCACGGCCAUGGGGGCACCCAGGGGACUGUUCCCUUUCCUCCUGUGGCCCCCUUAGCAGUUGGUCAGGAGCCAGGUGAGGGCCUCCCGACGAUCCCACCCUGUCGUCACUUCCUCCUCUCAGGCCCGCUCCAGGGAGCCGCCGGGGAGGGGAAGCUGCCUGUGAGCUGGGGACCCCUGUCCUGCCCAAAGCUGCCCCCGUGUCAUACCAGCUGGGCACAUGCCAUCCAAACGGGGACUCAGUCUCCACAUCUGAGACAUGGGGGACUGAUGUGGGGCCGUAGGGGUCCUCACACUGUGGGUGCCGAGAGGAAAGCCAGGCCUGGCUGUGGCUGCUACUUCCUGCUAAGUGGGGAGGGGAGAAGGACCCAGGAAGCCAUCUCUCCCUGCUGGUGUUUAAUGCCUGGUGCUGCUCAGGCUGCAGCCUCGUCUCAGUUUGACAGACAGGCAUCCCUGUCUGGAGAAGCUCUGUUCCCUCCAGGAGACCGCGAGCUCCUCCUGGCCCCGUGGGCGCCAGGCUGACUGGCACCAGGCUCUGGUGUGACACUGCUGGUGCCCAGGGGUGGGUGGGUGUGAGAUACUCCUAAGUCCCAAGGCCUCCCCAGCUGCUCCCCAGCUGCCAACCUUUCAUCCGCCGGCCACACACGCAUGCCCAUGGCGCUGCGGGGAGGUGGCCUCCCCAUCGAUCCUGGUUGCCCCGGCCCCUCUGCGACAGGUGUAGACAGGCACUUGGGGAGGGGCCCUGAGUGUGUCUGAUGGCACAGGCUCCAGUGAGCAGGGCUGGUGCUCCGUCGGCCCCCCAGCGUGGGAUCCUGGGAAGUGCCGGCCUCUACCCCUGGGAUGGACGGAAGCUAUGGCUUUUUCCGGGCCUGUUCUUCCUGUAGCCAGCUGUCCCCUGAGUUCCCCUCUGGCUUGUACAUAUGUGGUUGUGUGGAGCACCCGCCCCAGCCCGUAACCACCAUCCUCACGUAAAACCCUCAUUCCCUGACGUCCUGAACCCGAGUUGUUAGGCUCUAGGUUCCUGUACUGUGUGUGCACUCAAGGCUCUGUCCAACUAAGAAAUAAAUGUGACUCCUGCAACACCA